GCGGGUGCGGGGUGGCGCUGCUCCACCUCCGCAGCUCUCCUGGCUCCCGCCGGCUUUCGAAGGCGGGCCCGGGCUGCGGCAGCGGCGGCGGCGGCGGCCUCGGCGGCUUGGGGAGCCUCAUCUGUUUCAAUGGUGCAACUCUCUUCAUCCCCUUUUGGUUACCAGUCUCCUUCAGGCCAUUCAGAGGAGGGAACAGAGGGGAAUAUGAAGUCAGCCAAGCCCCAAGUGAACCACAAUCAGCAUGGGGAAAGCCAGCGGGCCACCAGCCCCCUGCAGUCUGCUCUCAGUUCUGCUGCAUCUCCUUCCCAAGCAUACGAGACCUAUAUUGAUAAUGGACUCAUAUGCCUUAAACACAAAAUUAGAAACAUCGAGAAAAAGAAGCUCAAACUGGAAGAUUACAAGGAUCGCCUGAAAAAUGGAGAGCAACUUAAUCCAGACCAGUUGGAAGCAGUAGAGAAAUAUGAAGAAGUGCUACAUAACUUGGAAUUUGCCAAGGAGCUUCAGAAAACCUUUUCUGGAUUGAGCCAAGAUCUACUGAAAGCGCAGAAGAAGGCCCAGAGAAGGGAGCAUAUGGUAAAACUUGAGGCUGAGAAGAAAAAGCUUCGUACUAUACUUCAAGUUCAGUAUGUAUUACAGAACUUGACACAGGAACACGUACAAAAAGACUUCAAAGGGGGCUUGAAUGGUGCGGUGUAUUUGCCUUCAAAAGAACUUGACUACCUCAUUAAAUUUUCAAAACUGACCUGCCCUGAAAGAAAUGAAAGUCUGAGUGUUGAAGACCAGAUGGAGCAAUCAUCCUUGUACUUUUGGGACCUUUUGGAAGGUAGUGAGAAAGCAGUAGUAGGAACGACAUACAAACACAUGAAAGAUCUACUGUCUAAAUUACUGAAUUCAGGCUAUUUUGAAAGUAUUCCAGUUCCCAAAAAUGCUAAGGAAAAAGAAGUAUCAUUGGAGGAGGAAAUGCUAAUACAAUCAGAGAAGAAAAAACAAUUAUUGAAGACCGAAUCUGUUAAAGAGUCAGAGGCACUUCUGGAACUUGCGCAGCCAGAGAUACAGCCACAAGAGUUUCUUAACAGACGUUAUAUGACAGAAGUAGAUUAUUCAAGCAAACAAGACGAAGAGCAAUCUUGGGGAGUAGAUUAUGCUAAGAAACCAAAUCUCCCCAAAUGUUGGGAUAUGCUUACUGAACCAGAUGGUCAGGAGAAGAAACAGGAAUCCUUCAAGUCCUGGGAGUCUCCUGUUAAACACCAGGAGGUAUCAAAGCCUGCAGUUUCCUUAGAACAGAGGAAACAAAUUCCAAAACUCAGGUCUACUCUGCCAGAAGAGCAGAAGAAGCAGGAGGUCUCCAAACUCAAGCUAACUCCUAGCCAGUGGAAGCAAGAAACUCCUAAAUCCAAAGCAGGAUACAUUCAAGAGGAACAGAAAAAACAAGAAACACCAAAGCCUUGGCCAGUUCAGCUGCAGAAAGAACAGGAUCCAAAGAAGCAAACUCCAAAGUCUUGGACACCUUCUAUGCAGAGUGAACAAAAUAUCACCAAGUCAUGGAACAGUCCCAUGUGUGAAGAACAGGACUCAGAACAGCCAGAGACUCCAAAAUCCUGGGAAAACAAUGUUGAGAGUAAAAAACACUGUUUAACACCACAAUCACAGAUGUCUACAAAGUCCUGGGGAGGUGCUACAACAAGCCUCAUACCAAAUGACCAGCUCCUGCCCAGGAAGUUUAAUACAGAACCCAAAGAUGUGCCUAAGCCUAUGCAUCAGCCUGUAGGUUCUUCCUCUACCCUUUCAAAGGAUCCAGUAUCGAAGAAAGAAAAACUGCAGGACUUGAUGACCCAGAUUCAAGGAACUUGUAACUUUAUGCAAGAGUCUGUUCUGGAUUUUGACAAACCUUCAAGUGCAAUUCCAUCCUCACAGCCGCCUUCAGCUGCUCCAAGUAGCCCAGUAGCACCUACAGAACAAAAUCUGUCCAGUCAAAGUGAUUUUCUUCAAGAGCCGUUACAGGCUGCUUCUUCUCCAGUUACUUGUAGCUCAAAUGCUUGCUUGGUUUCUACUGAUCAGGCUUCUUCGGGAUCUGAAACAGAGUUUAUGACCUCAGAGACUCCUGAGGCAGCAGUUCCCCCAAGCAAGCAACUGUCUUCACUAGCUUCUCCAAAUCCUCCCAUGUCAAAGGGCUCUGAACAGGGCUUCCAGUCACCUCCAGCAAGUAGUAAUUCAGUAACCAUUAACACAGCACCCUUUCAAGCCAUGCAGACAGUAUUUAAUGUUAAUGCACCUCUGCCUCCACGGAAAGAACAAGAAAUAAAAGAAUCCCCUUAUUCACCUGGCUACAAUCAAAGUUUUACUACAGCAAGUACACAAACGCCACCCCAGUGCCAGCUACCAGCUAUACAUGUGGAACAAACUGUUCUUUCUCAAGAGACUGCAGCAAAUUAUCAUCCUGAUGGAACUCUUCAAGUAAGCAAUGGUAGCCUUGCCUUUUACCCAGCACAGACGAAUGUAUUUCCAAGACCUACCCAGCCUUUUGUCAAUAGCCGGGGAUCUGUUAGAGGAUGUACCCGUGGUGGGAGAUUACUAACCAAUUCCUAUCGGUCCCCUGGUAGUUAUAAAGGUUUUGAUACUUAUAGAGGACCUGCUUCAAUUUCCAAUGGAAAUUAUAGCCAGCUGCAGUUCCAAGCUAGAGAGUAUCCUGGAACACCUUAUUCCCAAAGGGAUAAUUUCCAGCAGUGUUAUAAACGAGGAGGGACAUCUGGUGGUCCUCGGACAAAUUCAAGAGCAGGGUGGAGUGAUUCUUCUCAGGUGAGCAGCCCAGAAAGAGACAACGAAACCUUUAACAGUGGUGACUCUGGACAAGGAGAUUCCCGUAGCAUGACCCCGGUGGAUGUGCCCGUGACAAAUCCAGCAGCCACCAUACUGCCAGUACACGUCUAUCCCCUGCCUCAGCAGAUGCGAGUUGCCUUCUCAGCAGCCAGAACCUCUAAUUUGGCCCCUGGAACUUUAGACCAACCUAUUGUGUUUGAUCUUCUUCUGAACAACUUGGGAGAAACUUUUGAUCUUCAGCUUGGUAGAUUUAAUUGCCCUGUGAACGGCACUUACGUUUUCAUUUUUCAUAUGCUUAAGCUGGCAGUGAAUGUGCCACUGUAUGUCAACCUCAUGAAGAAUGAAGAGGUCUUGGUAUCAGCCUAUGCCAAUGAUGGUGCUCCAGACCAUGAAACUGCUAGCAAUCAUGCAAUUCUUCAGCUCUUCCAGGGAGACCAGAUAUGGUUACGUUUGCACAGGGGAGCAAUUUAUGGAAGUAGUUGGAAAUAUUCUACGUUUUCAGGCUAUCUUCUUUAUCAAGAUUGAAAGUCAGUACAGAAUUGACAAUAGAAGGAUGGUGUUCUAACUAGUGGGAUUAAAGGAAAAGUAGUCCUUGCCCUCAUGACUGACUGGUUUAGGAAAAUGUUUUCAUUCCUAGAGGAAGGAGGAUGUCCUUACUUUUUUGUUUUCCUUCCCAAGAUGAAAAAUUUCAAGCUGAAUGACAAUUAGCACUAAUCUGGCACUUUAUAAAUUGUGAUGUAGCCUCGCUAGUCAAGCUGUGAAUGUAUAUUGUUUGCACUUAAUCCUUAACUGUAUUAACAUUCAGCUUACUAAACUGACUGCCUCAAGUUCAGGCAAGUUACAAUGCCUUGUUGUGCCUCAAUAAAAAAGUUACAUGCACCUUCUUUGUCCCUAUUUGAUCAAACAUUUAGUUGAUAGGUAAAAUGUCUAAUUUUUAGUAUUCAUCACUGAUAUCUCUUGGUUAUUUAUUCAGGGGUUCAUACUACUUUUUUAAAAUAAGAAGACUUUUAUAUAUAAUAAUUUCCUCUAGAGUUACUUUUCUGUGGUGGUAUACUUAGACAUGUCUUUCAUUAAAACAUUUGAUCUGUUUUCCAUGGGCCAAAUCACACAUUCUCCUUGAAUUAUACUACUAUUUUGCAGUAGGGCAUGUGCUUCUUUUAGUUAUCUAUCUUUGGGUACCUAUUCAUGUCAAAUAAUACAAGAUACGAUAGGAGAUACACAGGUAAUACUACUGGUCCACCAUCUGUUAGACUUAUGCUUUCUAGUGGAUUCUCAAUUUAACUUGAGUAGGCAAAACGGUAAGUCAUCAGAAAGCAUAGCUCUGUGGUCAGGUAAUUCUGUGUUUGAGUCCUGAUUCUGCCACAUAGUAGCUCAUCUUGGGGCGAGUUAUUUUACCUCUAAGAUUUUUCUCUCUGUCUCUCUCUCUCUCUUAAAGACUGUUUCCCCAGAUGUAAAAUGGGAAUGAUGAUAGAUCAACCCCAGGGCAAUUGUGAAGUUCAGCUAAAAGUAUCUAAAAGAUUUAACACAGUGCCUGAGAUAUAACCAUUUAAGAAAUGUUGGUGCAGUGAUUAUUUUUUUCUAAUCCUGAAAACUUUAUAGUUCUAUGUAUGUGUAUAUACAGAUGCUCCUUGGCUUAUGAUGGGGUUAUAUUUCAGUAAGCUCAUCAUAAGUUGAAAAUAUCCUAAGUCGAAAAUGCAUUUAAUACAACUAACCUGCUGAACAUUAUAGCUUAGUCUAACCUACCUUAAAUGUGCUCAGAACACUUAUGGUAGGCUUCAAUUUGGCAAAAUCAUCUAACACAAAUCCUAUUUUAUAAUAAAGUGUUGAAUAUCUCAUAUAAUUUAUUGAAUACUGAAAGCGAAAAACAAUGGUUUAAUGGGUUCUUGAAGUAUUGUUUCUACUGAACGCGAAUGGCUUUAGCACCAUCAUAAAGUUGAAAAAUCCCUAACUCAAACAGUCAUAAGUCAAGACCAGCUGCACGUCUUAUGCAGUCUA